AAGUUCCCCACUUAAACUAUAUAAACGUCAAACAGCCGCGUCUUCCUUCAUAUUUUCGCGAGAACCACUACUAGACCAAAAAUGUCCCACAACGCAUUCGAUUACUACUGGCGCGAGUACAAGGGCGCAAUACCCCAAGACGCAGUAGUAGCGGGUCAAGACGGUCGUUCUCAAAAAGCUUACAUUGGCCAAGCUUAUGUUAAAGGGUUCGGUUUGAUGGUGAUCCAUAUAAGGCCUAACGCAAAAGAACUCUAUGCACCCAUCUGUGGAGUGAAGAACGUUAACGAACACAUCAAAAUUCUUUGCGGCCAUCAGCCCGAUUUUAAAUGGAUUCAUGCUACGGCGAAGGAUUUGCAUGUGAGACUAAGUGGUAGACAUGGGGUAAUUGGUGGACACGAAGAUGGAUUAGGAAGUAUCAACAUUGGAAGAAUUAGUUACGAAGGUGGGACGCAAAUAGGGAAAAUCAAUUCUUUUGGCAUUGGAAACGCGUAUUUUAAAUACGUGGAAAAUCCUUGGAAGGAAUCGGGAGAAGUCCAAAGUUAUGAAGUACUUGUGUAUGAAAAAUGUAAAUGAUUAAGAGUGUAGGAGAUAAGCGGGAAAAUCCAAGUUCUUGACCAUUAAGUAGUAUCAAUAAAAGAUAACAAUUAUU